AUGUCUGGAGAGGGGUUUUACUGGUCAGGAAAAAAAUGUCGUAAUCCUGGAGAACUGCAAAAUGGUCGCAUCACAGUAUCAACUGACAUUACAUUUGGUUCAGAAAUAAACUUCUCAUGUGACGAAGGGUACAGGCUAGUUGGUGUAAGCUCCACUUUCUGUGUUCUUUCGAGAGGAAGAAAUCCAGACAAUCCUACUGUUGACUGGGAGGAUGCAUUUCCAGAAUGCAUAGAUAUUCUUUGUGAAGACCCACCAAAAAUCAAGAAUGGAAGAAUUAAUUGGAAACGUGAGUUGUAUAAAUUCAGUGACUCGGUCUCCUAUUCAUGUGAUAAAGGCUUCAUUCUGGUUGGAAAUACUAGCAUUUUUUGUACUGUGAAGUCUGAAUAUGGAGAGUGGAGUGAUCCGCCACCUGAGUGUAUAGAGAAAUCCAAGAUCACAACUAAGAAACCAACAGUUAAUGUUCCAAGAAUCCUCUCAACGCCUCAGAAUCCUACUAUAGUUAUAGUUCCAAGUACAGGAAUCUCACCAACACCUCAGGAAUCCACUAUAGUUAAUGUUCCAAGCACAAGAAUCCCACCAACCCCUCAGAACCUCACUACAGUUUUAGUUCCAGGUACAGGAGUUCCACCAAAACCUCAUAAAUCUACCAAAGCCAAUAUCCCAUCUACAGCAGCCCCACCAACACCUCAGAAAGCCAACACAGCAACUGUCUGA